AAUUUACACGUAAUUCAAGCCUGCGGAAUAUACACGAUGACCGAAGCAACCAUUGAGCACGUUCCUCCGGAGCCUGUUCUGGAAGUGCCUCCUCCUCAGGAGAUAAAGAUCCUGGAGACGGCGGAAGACAUUCAGCAACGAAGGUCUGAAGUACUCGGCCAUUACAAUCUGUUUCGAGAGUUAGCCCACCAGAAACGCGACCGACUCGAGGAAGCCAGACAGUUUCAGUACUUCAAACGCGAUGCCGACGAGUUAGAGCUGUGGAUCUUGGAGAAAUUGCAGACCGCCCAGGAGGAGAAUUACAAGGACCCGACCAACCUGCAGGCAAAAAUACAGAAGCACCAAGCAUUUGAAGCGGAAGUCCAGGCCCACAGCAAUGCCAUUGUGCAGCUGGAUAAAAUCGGCAACGAUAUGAUCUCUCACAAUCACUAUGCUUCGGACGUAAUCAAGAAACGAUUGGACGAACUGCAUCAGCUAUGGGAGCAACUGCUGAAAAAACUGACCGAAAAAGGUCUGCGGCUGCAACAGGCGCUGACUUUGCUGCAGUUUACUCGUCAGUGUGACGAAGUGAUGUAUUGGAUAGUGGACAAGGAGGCGUUCGUGCUAAAUGAAGAGUUCGGACACGACUUGGAACACGUCGAAGUUCUUCAGAGGAAGUUCGAUGAUUUUCUGAAGGUUACUCACUGUCACCUCAUUUACAGGCCGUUCGAACCGGAUCUGAACAAUCAGCAGUAUCGAAUUGCUGAGGUUAACGUGACCGCAGAUAAGCUGAUUGCGGAUAGCCAUCCUGACGUAGAAACGAUACAAUCAAAGCGCGAUGAAUUAAACAACGCCUGGAAACGUCUAAACGAACUUGCAGCGACGCGAAAGGAGAAACUGUUCGGUGCUCAUGAGGUGCAACGCUUCAAUAGAGACAUUGAGGAGACUGUUGCAUGGAUAUCUGAGAAAGACACUGCACUUUCAUCCGACGAAUACGGGCGCGACUUGACGACAGUUCAAGCACUUCAGCGCAAGCAUGAAGGCACGGAACGGGACUUGGCUGCGUUGGAAGGCAAAGUACAAAGUCUGAGUACCGAAGCAGAGAGACUGAUGCAGCUACACCCGGACAGAACUGAUGUAAUUAAAUCGAAAAUGAACGAGGCAGAGGAGAGCUGGGAGAAUCUGAAAGAGAAAGCGGCCCAACGCAAAGCCGGUUUGGACCGCUCGUAUGCACUGCACCGAUUCUUUGCCGAUUACCGCGACUUGAUUUCUUGGAUCACGGACAUGAAAGCAGUGAUCGUCGCGGACGAAUUAGCAAAAGACGUUGCAGGUGCCGAAGCGUUGCUCGAAAGGCAGCAGGAACAUCUGGGAGAAAUCGACGCUCGGGAGGAUAGUUUUCGAGCAGCUGAAGAAGCAGGGCAGCAUCUCCUCGAUGAACACGUGCCAUACAACGAUGAAGUUCAAGAAAAGAUGUUGAAUCUGGCAGAGGAAAAGGCCGCCCUGCGAGCACUUUGGGAAGACCGACGAGCCUUCUUGGCAAACAUGGAUUUGGGUGAGAGCCUAGACAGUGUGGAGGCGUUGAUUAAGAAGCACGAAGAUUUCGAAAAGUCGCUGGCCGCGCAGGAAGAAAAGAUCAAGGCAUUGGAUGAGUUCGCUACUAAGCUCAUCGAAGGACAACAUUACGCCGCAGAUGAUGUUUCUGAAAGGCGAUAUGCUUUGCUGCAAAGACGCCAGUCACUGCUGGACAAAGCCGAUCGUCGGAGGGCUACCCUAGAGGACGCCUACCGGUUACAGCAAUUCGAGCGCGACUGCGACGAAAUUAUGUCUUGGAUGAACGAGAAGCUGAAGACAGCGAAGGACGAAAGCUACCUCGACCCGACAAACAUUCAAGGAAAAAUCCAGAAACAUGUUAAUUUCGAGCAGGAACUCAAGGCGAACAAGAGUAGACUGGACGAAAUACGGAACACUGGACAGGAACUGAUCGAAAGUCAGCACUACGCCUCUGACCAGAUAAAGCAUCGCCUGCAAGAGGUUCAGGAUUCAUGGGAGAAGCUUGAAGUCGCUACCGAUUUGAAAGGUGCAAAAUUGCAGGAAGCCGGCGCGCAGCAACAAUUCAACCGAAACAUAGAAGACAUCGAAAUGUGGCUGAGCGAGAUCGAGGCUCAGCUGACUUCCGAGGAUUACGGCAAAGACCUUAUAUCGGUGCAGAAUCUGCAGAAGAAGCACAACUUGCUCGAGAGCGACAUCAACGCGCAUCAGGAACGCAUAGACGGCGUUUCUCAACAGGCACAUCAGUUCGAGGACAGUGGUCACUUCGAUGCUGCUGCGAUUCGCAGCAAGGCAAAUGCCCUAAUGAACCGCUUCAGUGACCUGCAAGAGCCGCUAUGCAGCCGCAAGGAGAAGCUUUCCGAAUCGCUGCUUGGUCAUCAGCUGUUUAGAGACAUCGAGGACGAGUUAACAUGGAUUCGGGAGAAAGAGCAAAUCGCCUCGUCGUCUAAUCGAGGGCACGACUUAAUCGGUGUUCAGAACCUGAUCAAAAAGCACCAAGCGUUAAUGGUUGAAAUAUCGAAUCAUGAAAGCCAAAUUGACAAGGUGAUUUCCAGCGGCGAGGAAAUGGUCAAACAUGAACAUUUCUUGUCAAGCGAAAUCCAGCAAAAAGUAAAGCUGUUGGAGGAAAGCUGGCAGAACUUGAAAAGCAAAGCUGAAAGAAGACGUCAAGAUUUGGAAGACUCCUAUCUUGCGCAUCAAUACUUGGCGGAUGCAAACGAGGCCGAAUCUUGGAUGCGCGAAAAGGAGCCGAUCGUUGGCAGCACUGACUACGGCAAAGACGAGGACUCCUCUGAGCAGAGCGAAACACCGCUUGUUGGCUUUCUAAGCCGAGAAUGCGUCGUUGCGUUGUACGAUUACACGGAGAAGUCGCCACGAGAGAUAUCCAUGAAGAAAGGCGACAUGCUGAAUCUGCUGAACAGUUCCAAUAAGGAUUGGUGGAAAGUGGAAGUGAAUGACAGACAGGGUUUCGUUCCGGCGGCCUACGUGAAAAAGGUAGAUUCGACGUUGUCAGCAAGUCAGCAAGAGUUGCUUGAGACAAGUAGCAUCGCAGCCAAGCAGAAUCAGAUUGAGCAGUUGUACAGACACUUGAUGGAGCUCGGUUCUCAGCGCCGGAAGAAGUUGGAAGAAUCCUGCAAGGGCUAUCAGCUGCUGCGUCAGGCCAACGAGUUAGCUGACUGGAUUCGAGCCAAGGAACAAAUUGCCACAAGCCAUGAAAUCGGUCAAGACCUCGAGGAGGUUGAAGUGUUGCAGAAGAAAUUCGACGAUUUUCAGGCUGAUUUGCGGGCGAAUGAGGUUCGUCUUGGUGCCAUGAAUCAGAUAUCCGCAGCCUUGACGUCUCUCGGUCAAACAGAAGCUGCCGAAAAAAUUAAGCAGCAAAUCGAGACGUUGAAUGCAAGAUGGCAAACGUUGCAAGAGGUGGCGGCACAGCGCGCUCAGCAGCUCGGGUCAGCUCAUGAGGUUCAACGCUUUCACAGGGAUGUAGAUGAGGCUAAAGACUGGAUGAGUGAAAAAGACACCGCUCUUGAUUCGGAAGAUUUUGGUCGUGAUCUGCGGUCUGUUCAGGCUUUGCAACGGAAGCACGAUGGUUUGGAGCGCGACUUAGCCGCGCUGGGCGACAAGAUUCGACAACUCGACGAAACGGCCAACCGUUUGCGGCAGACACACCCAGAGGCGGCCGAACAAAUUUACAAGCUGCAGUGCCAUUUGAACGAAAAAUGGGCCAACCUGACAUCGAAAUCUAAUCAGAGGAAGGACAAGUUGCUUGAUUCUUACGACUACCAACGUUUCCUGUCCGACUUUCGCGACUUACUGCGUUGGAUAAACAAUAUGAUGCAGCUGGUGAACAGCGACGAACUGGCGAUCGACGUUACCGGCGCAGAAGCGUUGCUGGAACGCCAUCAAGAGUACAGAACAGAGAUAGACGCAAGAGACGCGACGUUUCAAGCAUUUGAAGCGUUCGGAAAUCAGCUGCUGGGCGUCAAGCACUAUGCAUCGGCAGAUGUUCAGGAAAAGCUGGCCAAGAUAGCUGAUGCAAGACAGGAAUUGGAAAAUGCAUGGAUUGCGCGGCGCAUGAAGCUCGACCAGUGUCUAGAACUGCAGCUGUUUUACCGCGACUGCGAACAGGCUGAAAACUGGAUGUCCAGUCGCGAGGCUUUCCUUAGCCAGGAGCAGGUGUCGCCGGAUAACGUUGAAUCGUUGAUCAAGAAGCACGAAGACUUUGACAAAGCAAUCAAUUCGCAACAGGAAAAGAUUUCAGCGCUGCAGCUUUUUGCCGAUCAGCUAAUCAAUUCGAACCAUUAUGAUUCAGCAGCGGUCAUCGCGAAGAGAAACCAGGUGUUGGAUCGAUGGGGAAAGCUGAAACAGGCGCUGAUCGAAAAGCGCAGCAAACUUGGUGAAUCACAGACCCUGCAGCAGUUUUCACGAGAUGCCGACGAGAUCGAGAACUGGAUAACAGAGAAACUGCAGAUCGCUCUCGAGGAGUCUUACCGUGACCCAGCCAACAUACAGAGCAAGCAUCAGAAGCAGCAAGCGUUUGAAGCGGAACUUGGUGCCAAUUCGGACCGCAUUCAAACACUGAUUCAAGCUGGACAACAUCUGAUCAACGGCAAGAAAUGCGCCGGCAACGAAAAUGCCGUCGCGCAACGACUGCAAGGUCUCAACGACCAGUGGGAAAUGCUGGUUCAGAAAACCACGGAAAAGAGCUACCGUUUGAAAGAGGCUAGCAAGCAGCAAAGCUUUAUUGCAGCCGUAAAGGAUCUAGAAUUUUGGCUUGGAGAAGUCGAAACGUUGUUGGCUAGCGAUGAUUACGGCAAAGAUUUGGCAUCGGUGCAAAACUUGCUAAAGAAGCAUCAGCUUAUUGAGGCUGAUAUUACAGCGCACGCCGACCGCUUGAAGGACAUGAACAGCCAGGCUAACAGUCUCUUGGAAAACGAUCAAUUCGACAGUGGCACGAUCGGCGAGAGGCGGGCUGCGAUCAACGAUCGAUACGAGAAGGUAAAAGAUUUGGCUGCAAAACGGAAGGCAAAGUUGAACGAGUCGCUGAGAUUGCACGAGUUCUUCAGGGACAUCGACGACGAGGAAUCCUGGAUAAAAGAAAAGCGCUUGUUGGUUAGUUCGGAUGAUUAUGGACGAGAUUUGACCGGCGUACAGAAUCUGAAGAAGAAGCAGAAGCGGCUGGAGAAUGAACUGGCCGCUCACGAGCCGAACAUAAACGCUGUCAUUCAGAAGGGCCAGGAACUGAUUGACGCAGGACAAAUGGGCAGCGACGAAAUUAAGAAACGCACCGGUCAGUUGGAGAACAGCUGGAACAAUCUGAACGAAGUUGCACGAAAUAGGUAAGG